AUGAUCAGGGACACCCAGGGGAACGGGAGUGGGGAGCGCAUCGCGACGGAGGCACCCACACCUAGGUUCCGGCUCCAGCCGGAUAGGGGUUCUGAGCUCGAGCUGCUGCUGUGCGGCUCGCCAAAUCUCGACUUCGAGGCGCUGGAGCGGGUGACGCAGUACGACGACGGCUUCUCCUGUGACAGCCCGUGCAUCGCGCUGCUGUGGGAGGUGAUCCACGAGCUGCCGCUCGAGAUGAAGAAGAAGUUCCUCUUCUUUUGCACCGGCUCGGACCGGGUGCCAAUCAAGGGGCUCGGCAACCUCUCCUUCGUCAUCUCGCGCAACGGCUCCGACGAGGAGCGACUCCAGUCGGCGACUCACACCUGA